AUACCUCAGUCUGAAAUUUGUUCAAAGAUCAUUGUUUCACCAUGGGUUGGUAGGGGAGACUUAGGAUUUUAAAAAUAAUCAGUAGAGUUCUAGGACAUGUCUGUCAAACAGUACAGUACAGUACAAGCAAAAGUAGCGGCCACAAAAUGUUUGGAACAUUCAAAAUAUUAUAGGACAAAAUCAUGCUUUUUCCAACAAUGCCACCUGACAUUCUUCUGUUCAGCCUCUGAUUCAUUGAACUCUUUGUCACAGGUUUUUCCAAUUGGCAUAUAAGCACCUUGGUUUUAUCUAUGGCUGCUGCAGUUUUUGCAGUUUUUAUCUGCAUUCCUGUUCUUCGAUGUAUACAAAAUCAAGAUGAAAGCAACAGGGCUCUGUUGCUAUAUUACAUCCACGUCUCAGUUCCAUGCAUGCUGAUAUCCAUCGCAUUCGCCUUAUGGGGUAAAAUUGAAGGUUCCUUUCGAGAGGCUUAUGUUUGCUCUGUAAUAAAUCUCAUGAGGAUCCUAAGGAUAUUUAAGAUGUCUCCAUAUAAGCCUCCUGGUCCAUGUCACAUUAGACUCUCGAAAUUGGCUGUGCCAUUGGAGAUGUUUGUCAUUACAGCAGGGUUAAAUUCUGUUGCUCUUCAGCCAGUAUUUACAGACCCUGCAGUGGAAACAGAAUAUAAAGUACACAUUGGAAUGAUGCUUGGAAUGCUGCUAUUAAUACUUGGAUUAGCAGCAAUCCCUUCUGGGUCCUCAGUGCUGUGCGUAACAGGCCCUUGCAGGAAUAGGAGGGCGUCUUCCAACAGAGGGAAAAAACCUCUCCAUGUGGUUCUGUUUCUACAAUUCGGCAUCACUAUCCAAUUAAUGUGCUUGAUGAUCUUCAUGCGUAGUCUAAUUUUUCUUGCAUUGGUGUUGGUUACAGUGAAAUUGGCACUGCGUCCUGCCUUAGAAUUAAUAUCAUUCUUGCUGAAGAGAUGUGGAUGUUUUCUUUCAGAUUCGCGUCAGAAGGUCUUCCUUCUGCUUUGGUUCAUUCUUGAUAUUGCAUUGAGCUUUGCAGUUCUGGGUAUCAUUUUGGAAAACAAUAAAGAACUCCCUGUAUGGAUGUGUUUCUAUGCAUUCCUCUACGUCCUGACUGCCACAGCGGACUUUCAGCACAACACUGAUGAUUAUGAUGAUGUUGAAUGGGAUGUAGCUCAUAUCCUAGUGUACGUGUUUGGUUCUACCUUAAGUGUCAUUAAUUCAGUUGCUCUACCAACAGAAGUGUUUCUAAAAGCGGAGAAAGGGGAGCGAACUGUGGAAGAUUUUUGGUUGAUCGUCUUGCCUUUUGAAUCUUUAUUUUUGGCCUUUUGGGGUGGUUUACAGAUGUGUGCAUACUAUAAGCGGAAAAGAGAAAAAAUACAUAGAUUGAUGCUCAUUGCCCAGAGCUGCCGAAGACGAGUCCAAUCUCCAGCAUCAUCUCGGCAUGAUCAGACACGACAAGCAGAACCAGUAGAGAUGGACCCUCUCUCUCCACCUGAGCAGAGUACAGUACACAGACAGAAGGGAAUAUGAAGAUGGUCUCAGUGACGUGUAAAGGAUCCUUUGUUGUCGACACAAGGACACAGUCUAAGGGCCAGAUUAUGAGUACCCACAAUGCACUUUGCAGUAUUGUUCUUUGCUAAUUGGUACACUGAAUUAUGACAUCAUUCAUCUGUAAAUAUCAGUUCUCCCUUUGCUAAUACUGCUCAAUGCUGAAAACAUGUUCCUGCUUUCUUUGAAAUCAAGAUGUUUGUUUCUCAAGAAUAUUUCUCUCAUAUUCCAGUGAAAGCCUAGCUAAUGAACAUAGCUUUAGUUAAUGCUGUGAAAAUGUUACAUUUUUGGCCAUUUUUGUUGAAUUCAAUGGCACUUUAUUUUCUUUAUUCUUUAUUUAAGAGACGCAGUGCAUUAUGAUACUGCGGUGUGAAUGCGUUUGUUACCUGUUUGUUUUCAUGAGUGUGG